UUGCACGUAAGUGCAAGCCAGAUUUAACUCUCUAAGUAGUAUUGGUUGGACUGAGAAAUUGCUAAACCAAACCUGUGAUAGGACUGGCUAUUUGGGUAUCGCCCUUUGUCAUUGUUGUCUCUUACUGUUACAUUGCUUUCUGUGUUACCGCUGGAGGACCAGAUGUUCUCAGAUAAUUCACAUUGCCCCGACUGUGGGCAACAGUGGUUUCCUAGUUUAGAACUAGGCCACUGGUUGUACCAAACUGAACUUAUUGAAAAUGAAUGUUACCAAGUAUUCUUAGACCGUAUCAACAGGGCUGAUUAUUGCCCUGAGUGUUAUCCUGAUAAUCCUGCUAACAGAAGCCUUGUCCUUCCUUGGUCUUUCCCACUUGAAUGGGCUCCCCAAAACCUUACCAGGUGGACCUUUGAAAAAGCUUGCCACCCAUUUCUUCUGGGUCCUCCGCUGGUUAGAAAAAGGAUACAUGACUCUAGACUAGCUGGUUUUAACCCAGCAUUACAGUUAAUCUUGGCUAGAACAGACACAACCUUGAACAAAAAACUUGGCCAAAGCAAAUAACUUCUUAAAGAGUCACAAUCAUGGAGAUUCUAGAGGGUUUUGUGCUAGUAACUCAAGGAAGAUGGAAAAAUGACGCCUUUUAUAUCUAAUUCAGACUGUCACUACUUCGGGGAACGGCUGAACUUGCUGGGUCUGCUCCCAUGGUCUACACCUAGUCUGUUCGGCAUGAAUUUAGUCAAUAUUCCAGCCGGCUGUUCAUCUGGAGCCAGAGCAUUUCGUGUUCCCUGUGCUUUGGAAUUAGCUUACCCUCCUGAAAAGCUCCGCAGCCUAACUACUGACAGAGGACAAGGUAGUCCUGGAGGAGCCCCAUACUGUGUAUACCAUGAUGAUAUUUCUAGUGAUAACUUCUGUGGGAAAGCGUAGCUGGCUUCUAGAUCAGCGGUCGUAAGGGCCGAAAGGUUGGCAACUGCUGUUCUAGAUUAUUUCAGUAAAAGAACUAGACAUUUUAAUAAGAAAUUACAUUGUUCUAAAUUCCACCCCUUCUGAUUAUAUAUAUAAUUUAUUCAUAUAUAAUCAUUUAUUCAUAAUUGGCUCUAUUUGGCCUUAGUGUGGCUUUGAUAUUAUAGAUAACUGGUCACUGCCAGAGAAACCACAUCCUAUUGGGUAACACCUACAUAGGUUACACAAAAACAUGCAGAAAUGCCACUGUCUAUACUUACUUGGCUCUACAUGAACAAAGACUGCCCUGUCUUUGUGGUGACUGAACUUAGAAUGUCCUGCCAGGACAUGGAAAAGUGCCUGUGUAUGAGAUAGUCUACAAAAAGAGGGAUCCAGCUUGACUCCAUAAUAGUAGGAGCAGUCUAAGGGAAGCAUCUUCAAACCAAGACGGUCUUGCUGGGUGUUAGCCACAUUCUGGCCUUCACUUGUUCAUGAGAAAUUUAGAAAAACCUGUUGGAACAUCUCAGAGGCCAUGGGAUAAGUUUAAAAUUCCACUUAAGAUGCUAGAUAAUCCAUUGCUUGUGUAGCAACUCAACAGUGUUCUCACGGUCCCAGGUCCUUUCUGUUUUUCCCCUCUGGGAUCCUUACGCAUUAGCUUUUGUCCUCUUAGUGUCCUCAGUGAUUACAGUGUGGCUUGUUGCUGCUCUAGGCAUUUCAGUCCCAUUUGGAAGCAGGGAGCAAAAGCUUUGUCCUUUGAAGACUCUGACUUACUUGGAAAGGAAAAUCUUUCCCAAUAGUCCCUCACCAAUUUCUCCUUACAUCUCAUUAGAAGGUACUGGUUCAAACAGGCGCCUGGAAAGCCAGGCCAAGGAGAAUGGGGUUGGCAGUGCCUGGGCAGGGCAUCUUGUCUCCCUUAAUAAAAUGAGGGCUCUUUGAGGAAGGAAGCAGUGGGGAAUGAAUGGCUGUUUUCAUGCAGGAACUCAUGCCUGCCACAUGUUGUGAAACCUGAGCUGUUUGUUCGUCUGUAUAAAGAAUGUACCCCAGAGACCUCUCCUGUAUCUGCCUCAUGUCUAUCUUGGUGGAAGUUCUCUCCUGUUAUAUUGCUGAAUAAACUGUGUGGACUGCUAAA